AUGGCUACGUCGGAUAGCCUGGCGGAUUUUCGGCUGGAGUACAUCGGAGGAUUCGUGCAGAAGUCGUUGAAACUGAAGCCAGAGAAAUGGGGCAGGCUGCUGCUCACCGAGGAGUACCGGAACGCCGUGCUGGAUUUUCUCGAUAAUCCUCUGCCAGCGGUCCUCUUCGUCGUCCUGACGCCGAAUGCGCAAUUAGUCGCGUCCACUUCGUUUCCCAUACCUUGCCUGAGAACCAAAGGUAUCUAUGCGGUGAAGGUGAAGCAGACGCCACUGGCCAAAGAGAAGGAAGCGUGCACCGCGAUGCUGAUCCUAGGCGACCUGUCUUCUCGUGUGGUGGACCAGUUGGCCACUCUGGUGGACAACGUGUUCGCUCCUCUUCUUAGCAAACCGGAGAACCACAAGGAUCUGCCCGACGUCGCGGUCCAGGACAUCUGCAGACACGUUCACUCUCUGCGCGGUACCUUGUACCAAGUGAAGGGUCAGGUAAACGGCAGGACGGUGCUUCCGAUGCCAGCUGGGAUGGAGAAAGUGACGGAGGUGGAGAAGCUAGUCAGAGCGCAGGGAGCGCAAGCCGUCGACCUGUAUUUGAAGAGCGCCAUAGAAGGUGUCGUGAUAAAGUGGGCCUAUUUGGUGAACGACGUUGUCACUCAGGAAUCCAACGCGGCUUUCGACAAUGGGCAGAAUCCCACCCCUGACGUCGAGCUGGAGUACUGGUCCGCUAGAUUAGCAAAUUUAAGGUACAUCUACGACCAGCUGCAAGAGGAUCGCGUGAAGAAGAUGGCGAGCAUCCUGGAGAGGACGGACAGCGCGUACUUCCCGUGCUUCCGCACCCUCUUCGAAAACGUGGUGUCGUCGAUGGCUGAGGCGAAGGAGAUAUCGCUGUAUCUGUCGCCUUUGGCCAGAUGCUUCAAGACGGUCGAGGAGGUCGACUUCUCCGAGGCUAAGCCGUUAAUGGCCACGCUGAUACACUCGGUAGGAUUAGCCUGGUCGAAAUCCACCUACUAUCAGAGCUCCUCCAAGGUGAUCAUUGUGCUACGACAGAUUUGCAACCUGUUGAUACAGGAGGCUCGUCGAUUCCUCGAUCCGACUUCUAUCUUCCAAAGCGACGUGGACGAAUCGCUGCAGCGCGUUCAGAUGUCGAGAGGAGUUCUAGAGGAGUUCAAGCGUCAGUUCGAACUCAGAAAAGACAUGCCAGCUAUGAAGCCCCACGCACCGCCGUGGACCUUCAACUCCAGCGCGGUUUUCUCUCGCUUGGACGCCUUCCUGAAGCGACUGAGCGAUAUCGAGUGGCUCUUCAACACCGUCAUGGAGUUCUCCAAGCUGGAGAAGAUCGAGAUCGGCGGUAUACUCGGUCGAUCUCUCAGCAGCAGGAUCAUCAACGUCUACAAAGAGUUCCAGCAACUAUUCUUGUCGUUCACCGUGCGAGCAAACGACGCCCUCGAGCCCGACGACGAAUCUUUCGCCGUCGACUGUAUGAAAUUCAACGAGUCGAUCACCGAUCUGGAUAGCAAACUGGCGGCCAUUCUCUGUCAGGCGUUUGACGACUGCGGGAACCUCGAAAGCGUCUUUAAGUUAAUAAACAUCGCUGGUUCGGUGCUCGACAGGCCAGUGAUAAGCAAACAAUUCACGGAUCGUUACUCCAGGAUCCUGGAGCUGCUGAACGUCGAGCUGACGGUCGUCGAGGUGCUGUUCAAUCGCGGCACCAGAGGAGCUCUAAUUAAUCUUCCGCCUCUGGCCGCGGCCUUGACGUUCACCAGCAUGCUGAGGCAACGCGUCGAUCUGCCCGUGCAAUCUUUCAAAGCUAUUCAACACCCCAUGGCGAGCAGCGAGGAGGGACGAAACAUCGAGAGGCGGUACGAGAGGCUGAUCAAGAUUUUCAACGACAAGGAGAGCGACCUCUUCGAGGAAUGGGCUCGAACUGUGCCGAAUACCGUCGACGUGGGCUUGAAUCGCAAUAUUCUAGCUCGCGGUACGGAUUCCGCGUUGUUGCUGAACUUUGACCCCGAGCUGCUGACCGUUUUGCAGGAAGUGAAUUAUUUGAAGCAGAUGUCGCGGUCGGAUAUACCCUACGAGGCUGUCAAGGUGUCGGAGAACGUGGAAACCUUCCGAAAGUUUCGCACUUUGUUGGGAGCGACGGUGGACUCGUACAACAAUAUUUGCAAGAACACGAGUCGGGUCGAGUUUCGACUGAUCGAGAAGGAGAUAACGAGGAUCGAUUCCCUCGUGUCCCGGGGAGAGAAGGAAUUAUGCUGGAGGUCGGACGGCGUCCUGGAGUACAUCGAGGAGCUGGGAGAGCUCGUCGAGGGGCUCUGGAGGCGUAUAAAAUCCGCCCAAACGAACGUCGAGAAGAUCAAAGCUAUUUUGGAGCCCUGGACCAGGACUCCUCUCGUUGAAAGGAAGGAUCGCCGUAAGGAUGCUUUAUUGUCCUUCGACGAGCGACCGGAGAAAGUAUCCAAACGUUACGGCGAGAUCGAGAGAGCAGCGGAGCAGAUUCACUCGUUGCUAGGGGAGAACCAGGUCCUUUUUCAAGUUUCCGAUGAAAUGGAGGAACCCUGGCGGAGAUACGUGGACCACGUCGAUGGCAUUGUUAUGGAAUCCCUUCGUAGAGCCGUGGGGUGCUCGUUAGGAUACUUGGUCGAGAACAUGGAUUCCGUUGGACGAAACGUGCCGCUUUUGGAGGCAAAGUUGGAGCUCAGAGAGCCCGAUCUUUACUACGUCCCUUCGUUGGAACCGGAUGAUCCAGACGGGCUCGAUCAGCUGAUUCUUCGUCUCUUGAACGACAUCAUUGGCAUGGCUGCGUUGGUGCCGAGGUUGAAACAGGACUUCGUAGGAUACGCUGAGGAAUUAGAGGAGGAUUUCGAUAUCAAAGGAAUGAAGAACGAGAUCCUGAGUAACGUGUCCACCGCUGUGGAAGACGCCACCGAGUUCUGCAGCAAUUUCGAAGGAUACGCCUAUCUCUGGUUGGACGACAGAGGUAUAGUGAUGCAACAGUUCCUCGAGUAUAGCCGGCAAUUGACGAUGGAGGAAAUGGAGAUGGUGGCCGUCCAGGAUCCCAAGGGGCCGGCACGGUCACCGCCGAAAAUGGAGCAAUUCCGCGAGCAAAUCGACCUUUACGAGGGCCUCUAUCUCGAGAUCGAGGAAAUGGAACCGUCGAAAGUGUUUUGUGGCUGGUUCAGGGUAGACCUGAGACCCUUUAGACAGUCGGUGCUGAACAUGGUCUGCAAAUGGUCGAGCAUGUUCAAGAGACAUCUGGUCGAUCGCGUUACCAGCAGCCUCUCGGAUUUGGGAUCGUUUAUAAGGCGGGCAGACGAAGGUUUAUUGCAACCGAUUCAACCCGGCGACUAUGCUGGCCUCGUCAGCGUGAUGGGUUACCUUCUGCAAGUGAAAGAGAGACAGCCGACCACGGACGAGAUGUUCCAGCCACUGGAGGAGACCAUCGAGCUGCUCAAGUUUUACGACCAGGACAUACCGGAGGAGGUGAACGUGCUGCUUCAAGAACUGCCGGAACAAUGGUCCAACACGAAGAAGCUGGCACUCAUGGUGAAGCAGCAAGUGGCUCCUCUGCAGGCAGGCGAGGUGUCCAGAAUAAGAGGACGAAUCUCGGCGUUCGACACGACGAUAACGCACUAUCGAGAGGCUUUUCGACGCUACAACUUCUUCAAGUACGAGUGCCAGAACCCGUACGAGUUGCUCGACGAGGGUCACAAGGAGAUCCUGAUGCUGGAGACGCAGAUGAAGGACAUACAAGCGUCCGCGUCCUUGUUCGAGGUGACCGUGCCAGAGUUCAAGGUGUUGAGGCAGUGCAGACGGGAGCUGAGGAUGCUCAAGCAGCUGUGGGACUACGCGAACAUCGUCAGAAGCAGCAUAGAGGGAUGGAAGACGACGCCAUGGAGAAAAAUCGACGUGGAGAACAUGGACAUCGAGUGCAAGAAGUUCGCCAAGGAGAUUCGAGCCCUGGACAAAGAGAUGAGGUCUUGGGACACCUACGUGUCGCUGGAGGCGACCGUGAAGAACAUGUUGACGUCCCUGAGGGCUGUGGGGGAACUUCAGAAUCCAGCGAUUCGAGAGAGGCACUGGAGGCAGCUGAUGAACAGCACCAAGAAACUGGGCGACAUGACUCCAGAAAUGACCGUGCGAUUCGUAAUGGACGCCUCGACCACGCUGGCGGACCUGCUGGAGCUGAAUCUCCACGACUGCGAAGAGGAGGUGAAGAAUAUCGUGGACAAGGCCGUGAAAGAAAUGUCGAUGGAGAAAUACAUGAGGGAACUGAACGUCACGUGGUCCAAAAUGGAAUUCGAGAAGGAGACUCACGCCAGGACUGGAGCCACAUUGAUAAGAGCCAGUGAAGAGUUGAUAGAGACCCUGGAAGAGAAUCAGGUGCAACUGCAGAAUCUGAUCACCUCCAAGUUCAUCGCUCAUUUCUUGGAGGAAGUGUCGAGCUGGCAGAGGAAGCUGAGCAUCGCGGAUCAAGUGACCACCGUCUGGUUCGAGGUGCAACGAACGUGGAUGCACCUCGAGAGCAUAUUCACGUCCUCCGAGGACAUACGAAGGCAGCUCCCAGUGGAUGCCGAGAGGUUCGACCGAAUCGAUAAGCAGUUCAAAGAGAUGACCGAGGAGAUGGCGAAGACGCCCAACGUCGUCGAGGCAACGAACAAGGAAGGCCUCGUGUCCGCCCUCGACAUCCUGCAGAAGGAGCUCGUUCUCUGCGAGAAAGCUCUGGCGGAGUAUCUGGAGACAAAACGCCUGGCCUUUCCAAGGUUCUACUUUGUCUCGUCUAGCGACUUGCUAGACGUUCUCUCGAACGGCAACCAGCCGGAGGUCGUGGCCAAGCACCUGACCAAACUGUUCGAUUCCAUGGCGCGACUCAAGUUCGGCGAGGAGAUUGCCAAAUCUUCCAGGGCCGUGUUGGGUAUGUUCGCCAAGGAUGGAGAGUACGUAGAAUUCGCCAACUGCGAGAUGAACUGCGAUGGGCCAGUCGAGGCUUGGCUGAACCGUCUGCAGCGGGCCAUGAGAGUCUCCAUAAGGCACUACUUCAGCGAGGCUGUCGUCUCUUACGAGGAGAAACCGAGGGAGCAAUGGCUGUUCGACUAUCCAGCGCAAGUGUCUCUUUGCGGCACGCAGAUCUGGUGGACCACCGAGGUGAACAUCGCGUUCGCCAGGCUGGAGGAGGGCUACGACAACUCGCUGAAAGACUACCUUAAGAAACAGAUCUCCCAGUUGAGUAUCCUCAUCACGCUGCUGAUAGGGGAACUGACGAAGCAGGAGAGACAGAAGGUGAUGACGAUUUGCACGAUCGACGUGCACUCGAGGGAUGUCGUGACCAAGCUGGUGCAGUCCAAGGUGGAGACUGCCCAGGCCUUCCAAUGGCAGAGUCAACUUCGCCACCGCUGGGACGAGAAGGAAAAGGAUUGCUUCGCCAAUAUUUGCGACGCGGAGUUCAAAUAUUCGCACGAGUACUUGGGAAACACGCCAAGGUUGGUCAUAACGCCUCUGACGGACAGGUGUUACAUAACUCUGACCCAGUCCCUCCACCUGAUCAUGGGCGGUGGUCCAGCAGGGCCAGCAGGCACGGGUAAAACGGAGACUACCAAGGAUCUAGGCAGAGCUCUAGGCAUAAUGGUCUACGUGUUCAACUGUUCGGAACAAAUGGACUACAAAUCCUGCGGGAAUAUUUACAAAGGUCUGGCUCAGACAGGUGCAUGGGGCUGCUUCGACGAGUUCAAUCGGAUCACCGUGGAGGUCCUGUCCGUUGUCGCCGUGCAAGUGAAGUCGAUUCAGGACGCCAUCAGGGACAAAAAGGAGAAGUUUAAUUUUAUGGGAGAGACGAUAAGCUUGGAACCUACGGUGGGCAUAUUCAUCACCAUGAACCCUGGUUACGCUGGUCGCACAGAACUCCCAGAGAACUUGAAGGCACUCUUCAGACCCUGCGCUAUGGUCGUUCCGGAUUUCGAGCUGAUUUGCGAGAUCAUGUUGGUGGCAGAGGGCUUCCAGGACGCCAGGAUCUUGGCUAGAAAGUUUAUCACGCUCUACACCCUGUGCAAGGAGUUGUUGUCGAAGCAGGAUCAUUACGACUGGGGACUGAGAGCGAUAAAGUCCGUCCUGGUCGUCGCUGGAAGUUUAAAGAGGGGUGACCCUGGCAGACCGGAAGAGGAAGUGCUCAUGAGAGCCCUCAGGGACUUCAAUAUUCCAAAAGUCGUCUCGGACGAUUUGCCCGUCUUCAUGGGCUUGAUAGCCGACCUGUUCCCCGCAUUGGACGUUCCCAGGAAACGAGACGUCGAGUUCGAGAAGAUGGUGAAGCAAGCCGCAGCCGAUCUGCUGCUCCAGCCAGAGGAUGGGUUUAUCCUGAAGGUCGUUCAACUGGAGGAACUGCUCGAAGUAAGGCAUUCUGUUUUCAUCGUUGGUAUCGCUGGAUCGGGCAAGACUCAGGUAUGGAAGACCCUGUUUAGAACCUAUCAGAACAUGAGGAGAAAGCCUGUGUACAACGACCUGAACCCAAAGGCUGUCACCAACGACGAACUGUUUGGGAUAAUUAAUCCAGCAACCAGAGAGUGGAAGGACGGAUUGUUCUCGGUGAUCAUGAGGGAGCAGGCGAAUCUGGGAGGCGAGAACCCGAAGUGGAUCGUCCUGGAUGGCGACAUCGAUCCCAUGUGGAUCGAGUCUUUGAACACCGUCAUGGACGACAACAAAGUUUUGACUUUGGCCAGCAAUGAGAGGAUAGCUUUGACGCCUGUCAUGAGGCUGCUCUUCGAGAUAUCGAAUCUAAGAACCGCCACCCCGGCCACGGUGUCCCGAGCAGGUAUCUUGUACAUCAAUCCUCAAGAUUUGGGCUGGAAUCCCUACGUCACCAGUUGGGUAGAGAAGAGGACGUCGCCGAUAGAGAAGUCCAACUUGGUGAUGUUGUUCGACAAGUAUAUCCCUCCUUGUUUGGAGACUCUGAGAACCAGGUUCAAGAAAAUAACCCCUAUCGCGGACAUGGCACACGUCGAGAUGUUGUGCCAUCUUCUUCACUGUCUUCUGAGGCCCGAGCUAACUGGCGGCGAUUUUCUAAAGGACCACUACGAGCUCUACUUUGUGUUCGCCGCUGUUUGGGCGUUCGGUUCCUCCAUGUUUCAGGAUCAGACCAUCGAUUAUCGAGUGGAGUUCAGCAAGUGGUGGACCAACGAGUUCAAGCAGAUCAGAUUUCCUAAUCAGGGUACCGUGUUCGAUUACUAUAUCGACGCCGAGACGAAGAGCUUCGUUCCUUGGACGCAACGCCUGCCUAAAUUCGAGCUGGACUCCGAGAUGCCUCUACAGGCGGUUCUAGUCUACACAGCCGAGUCUAUCAGGAUCAAGUACUUCUUGGAUCUGUUGAUGGCUGAAAGACAUCCUGUUAUGCUAGUGGGCACUGCUGGCUGCGGAAAAACCGUUCUCGUCGCCGAGAAACUCCUCCAUCUACCGGAAAAUUACGCCGUGGCCAACGUCCCCUUCAACUUCUACACCUCGUCUGAGAUGCUGCAGAAGAUCCUGGAGAAGUCGUUGGAGAAGAAAGCCGGCAGAAAUUACGGUCCGCCAGGGAACAAGACUUUGGUGUAUUUCAUCGACGACUUGAACAUGCCCGAAGUCGACGCGUACGGGACUGUUCAACCUCACACGAUGAUUCGUCAGCACUUGGACUACGGCCACUGGUACGACAGAACGAAGCUGACGUUGAAGGACAUCCACAACUGCCAAUACGUAAGCUGCAUGAACCCCACGGCUGGUUCGUUCACCAUCAACCCGAGGCUGCAGAGACACUUCUCAGUUUUUGCUGUCAGCUUCCCCAAUUCCGACUCUCUGACCACCAUCUACGCCUCCAUUUUGUCGCAGCACCUGUCAAACGUCGAGCACAGGUUUCCGUCUUGCGUCACCGAGCUCUGCAAGAACGUCGUGCAAGCUUCCAUCCAGCUGCACCACCGCUGCGCCCAGAUGUUCCUACCGACAGCGGUCAAGUUCCACUACAUCUUCAACCUCCGCGACCUGUCCAAUUGCUUCCAAGGAUUGCUCUUCAGCGGCAACGAGUGUCUGCAGUCACCGAUAGAUCUGAUCAGGCUUUGGUUCCACGAGACGCAUCGCGUGUACGGAGACAAGCUGACGGACGAGAAGGACAUAGAGAGCUUCUCGAAGCUGCAGUUGGACAUCUUGAAGAAGAAUGUGGAAGAGGUGGACGAGGGCGCCAUCCUGGAGAAACCCAACAUCUACUGUCACUUUGCAGGCGGCGUUGGAGAGCCGAAGUAUAUGCCCGUGAACGAAUGGACUACGUUGCACCGGUUGCUAUCGGAGGCGAUGGCCAGCUAUAACGACCUGGUGGCAGCUAUGAAUCUGGUGCUGUUCGAGGACGCCAUGAUGCACGUUUGUCGCAUAAACAGAAUAUUGGAGUCCCCCAGAGGCAGCGCUUUAUUGGUGGGCGUAGGUGGUUCUGGCAAGCAGAGCUUGUCGCGAUUAGCCGCGUUCAUAAGCUCCCUGGAGGUCUUCCAAAUUCAGCUGAAGAAGGGUUACGGGAUCGCGGAUCUCAAGCUGGAGCUCGCCGUUCUGUACUCGAAGUCGGGCUUGAAGAACUUGGGCAUAGUUUUCCUGAUGACCGACGCGCAGGUGCCUAACGAGCAGUUCCUGGUGCUGAUCAACGACAUGCUGGCUUCUGGCGAAGUGCCGGACCUGUUCGCCGAGGACGAAGUGGAAAAUAUAAUAGCAGGGGUCCGCAACGAGGUGAAGGGCGCGGGUAUGUUGGACACCCGCGAGAACUGCUGGAAAUUCUUCAUCGACCGGGUGCGCAGACAACUUCGAAUAGUUCUCUGCUUCUCCCCUGUGGGAUCCACUUUAAGGGUACGCUCGAGGAAAUUCCCAGCUAUAAUAAAUUGCACGGCGAUAAACUGGUUUCACGAAUGGCCGCAAGAAGCUUUGAUGUCCGUGUCGAAGAGGUUCCUGCAGGAGUUGGACGAACUUCCCGGGGCUUAUAGAGAUUCGGCGGCAAAAUUCAUGGCCCACGCUCACACGAGCGUCAACGCCGCGAGUCGUCAUUAUUUGGCCAGCGAGCGUCGUUACAACUACACCACGCCGAAGUCGUUCUUGGAGCAGAUCAGCCUGUACGCCAAGUUGUUGAAAGCGAAGGCGAAGGAGCUUCGCGCGCGAGUGGCCAGACUGGAGAACGGAUUGGAGAAGCUUCGAUCGACGGCUGUGCAAGUGGACAAGCUGAAGGAGAAGCUGGCGGUACAGGAGGUGGAGCUGCAGCAGAAGAACGACGCUGCUGACGCGUUGAUCGCCAUUGUCGGUAUCGAGACCGAUAAAGUGCAGAAGGAGAAGGCCAUAGCCGAUGAGGAGGAAUGUAAGGUCGCCAUAAUAGCGGAGGAAGUGUCGAAGAAACAGAAGGACUGCGAGGCGGAUCUGCUGAAGGCGGAGCCGGCGUUGUUGGCCGCCCAGGAAGCCCUGAAUACCCUGAACAAGGCGAAUCUCACGGAACUGAAAUCGUUCGGUUCGCCUCCUGGAGCUGUGACGAAUGUGACGGCAGCCGUGAUGGUCCUCCUGGCACCGUCUGGUAAAGUGCCCAAGGACAGAAGUUGGAAGGCUGCCAAGAUCGUGAUGGCGAAAGUGGACACCUUCCUCGACUCUUUGAUCAACUACGACAAGGAGAACAUCCAUCCAGAGGUGAUCAAGGCGAUCCAACCGUACCUGAAGGACUCCGAGUUCGAGCCAGAGUUCGUCAGGUCUAAAUCCGCUGCAGCCGCGGGCCUUUGCGCCUGGGUCAUCAACAUCAUCAAGUUCUACGAGGUGUUUUGCGACGUGGAACCGAAGAGGAAAGCCCUCGCUCAAGCGAACGCCGAGCUGGCAGCUGCUCAGGAGAAGCUAGGAGGAAUCAAACGCAAAGUUGCGUCGUUGGAGGAGCAAUUAGGGAAGCUGACGGCAGACUUCGAACAAGCGACGUCCGAGAAGCUCAAGUGCCAGCAGGAGGCAGACGCGACCAACGCCACCAUCGCGCUGGCUAACAGACUGGUAGGAGGCCUGGCCUCGGAAAACGUGCGAUGGGCGGAUUCGGUGGCUAAUUUCAUGCAACAGGCAUCUACGCUACCGGGUGACGUGCUCCUCGUGACAGCUUUCAUAUCCUACGUCGGAUGUUUCACCAAACAGUUCCGACAGGAUUUGCAGCACAAACAAUGGAUGCCGUUUCUACGGACCGUGGAGCCAACUGUUCCCAUCACCGAAGGCUUGGAUCCCCUGUCGCUGCUAACUGACGAUACUCAAAUCGCCAAGUGGAACAACGAAGGUCUGCCAAACGACAGAAUGUCGACGGAGAACGCCACCAUUCUGACCAACUCGGAUCGCUGGCCUCUAAUGAUUGAUCCCCAGCUUCAGGGUAUCAAGUGGAUCAAACAGAAAUAUGGGGAGGAACUUAGGGUGAUCAGAUUAGGCCAGAAGGGUUACUUGGACGUUAUCGAGCAGUCCUUGGCGACGGGGUCUACGGUCCUGGUGGAGAACAUCGGCGAAACGGUGGAUCCUGUGCUGGACCCUUUGCUGGGCCGAAACUUGAUUAAGAAGGGUCGCGCGAUUAAGAUCGGCGACAAGGAGGUCGAAUACAAUCCGCUCUUCAGGUUGCUAUUGCACACGAAGCUCGCCAAUCCCCAUUACAAGCCCGAGAUGCAGGCUCAAACAACCCUAAUUAAUUUCACGGUGACGAGGGACGGUCUCGAAGAUCAACUGCUCGCCGAAGUAGUGAAAGCCGAGAGGCCGGACCUGGAGGAGCUGAAGGCCGAGCUCACCAGGCAGCAGAACGAUUUCAAGAUCACCCUCAACAGUUUGGAAGACUCUCUCUUAUCGAGAUUGUCGUCAGCUGGCAGCAACGUCCUGGAAGACACGUCGCUGGUGGAGAAUCUGGAGACGACCAAGAGGACCGCGGCGGAAAUCGAAUCGAAGGUCACGGAGGCUCGAGGAACCAGCCGGGAGAUCGACGCCGCGCGAGAAUUGUAUCGACCAGCGGCAGCGAGGGCCUCUCUGCUCUACUUUAUCCUAAACGAUCUCAACACCAUCAAUCCAAUCUAUCAAUUCUCGUUGAAAGCUUUCAGCGUGGUGUUUCAGAAGGCCAUCUCGAAGGCCGAUCCCGCCCCGGACGUUUCCGGGAGGGUGAAAAAUCUGAUCGAGUGCAUCACCUACUCCGUGUUCAUGUACACGACCAGAGGGCUGUUCGAGUGCGACAAACUCAUCUUCGCCUCUCAGAUGGCGUUUCAGAUCCUCCUGGCGAGAAAAGAGGUGACCGCUGGCGAGCUGGACUUCCUCUUACGGUUCCCCGUAACGCCUCACGUCACGUCGCCCGUUGAUUUUCUCACCAACACCAGCUGGGGCGGAAUAAGGAGCCUCGCCAGUCGAGAGGAAUUCCGUAAUCUAGACAGAGACAUAGAGGGAUCAGCGAAGAGAUGGAAGAAGCUGGUGGAGUGCGAGUGCCCCGAGAGAGAGAAAUUCCCGCAGGAGUGGAAGAAUAAAACGACCAUCCAGCGUCUGUGCAUGCUGAGAGCCCUGCGACCUGACAGAAUGACUUACGCAAUCGCAGCAUUCAUCGAGGAGAAACUUGGUCCCAGGUACAUCGAGGGUAGAACGGUCGAAUUCGCCAAGUCGUUCGAGGAGACCAGUCCUAGCACUCCAAUUUUCUUCAUCCUUUCCCCCGGAGUCAAUCCUCUCAAGGACGUGGAAGAUUUGGGACGUCGUUUGGGAUACACGCUGGACAAUCAGAAUUUCCACAACGUGUCGCUUGGCCAAGGCCAGGAGACCGUUGCGGAACAGGCGAUGGACGAGGCGGCCAAGAGCGGCCAUUGGGUAAUCCUACAGAACAUCCACUUGGUCAAAAAGUGGCUGCCGCUGUUGGAGAAGAAGUUGGAGAUAGCUGCCGAUGGCUCUCAUUCGGAGUAUAGAGUUUUCAUGAGCGCGGAACCAGCCAGCACGCCCGCGGGACACAUCAUCCCUCAGGGGAUCCUCGAGUCGUCCAUUAAGAUCACCAACGAACCGCCCACGGGAAUGCAGGCGAACCUGCACAAAGCCUUGGACAACUUCUCCCAGGAAACUCUGGAGAUGUGCAGCAAGGAAGCGGAGUUCAAGGCGAUCCUGUUCUCCCUGUGCUACUUUCACGCGGUUGUCGCCGAGCGUCGGAAAUUCGGACCUCAGGGCUGGAACAAGGUCUACCCUUUUAACGUGGGCGACCUGCACAUCAGCGUCAGCGUGCUCUACAAUUACCUGGAAGCGACGUCCAAGGUGCCUUGGGAGGAUCUCAGAUACUUGUUUGGAGAGAUCAUGUACGGAGGACACAUCACCGACGACUGGGAUAGAAGACUCUGCGUCUCGUACCUGGAGGAACUGAUGCAGCCCGAUUUGGUCGACGGAGAACUGCAGUUGGCGCCAGGAUUCCCAGCGCCUCCGAAUACAGACCUAGCAGGCUAUCACGGGUACAUCGACGAGGCUAUGCCACCAGAGUCACCUUACCUCUACGGGCUCCACCCAAACGCAGAGAUAGGUUUCCUGUCGAUGACCGCCGAGAAUCUCUUCAAGACCGUGUUCGAGAUGCAGCCACGGGACGCGGGCAGUUCGGGUGGUCAGACGGUGACCAGAGAGGACAAGGUGAAGCAAAUACUGGACGAAAUAAUGGAGAAACUGCCGGACGAGUUCAACGUAGUCGAGAUAAUGAGCAAAGUAGAGGAGAGGACGCCGUACGUGAUCGUGGCGUUCCAAGAGUGCGAGAGGAUGAACUACCUGACGAUCGAAAUCAAACGAUCCCUGCGUGAGCUGGAUUUAGGUCUCAAGGGAGAGCUGACCAUCACCUCGGACAUGGAGGACCUGGAGAACGCGCUGUUUCUCGAUCAAGUGCCACCAGUCUGGACCCAAAGAGCCUAUCCCUCUCUUCUAGGGCUCGCUGCUUGGUUCGUCGACCUUUUGUUGCGCAUCAGGGAACUGGAGACUUGGUCUACCGAUUUCAUUUUACCAGCUUCGGUUUGGUUGGCUGGAUUCUUCAACCCUCAGUCCUUACUGACAGCCAUCAUGCAGUCGACAGCCAGGAGGCAGGAGCUGCCUCUGGACAAGAUGUGCUUGCAGUGUGACGUGACGAAGAAGAACAAGGAGGAAUUUACGUACGUUAUUUGCGUUGUUAGGUCGGCCCCCAGGGAUGGCGCAUACAUCCACGGAAUCUUCAUGGAGGGAGCGCGAUGGGACGUUCAAACUGGCGUCAUAGUGGACUCGAAGCCCAAGGAGUUGUUCCCGGCGAUGCCAGUGAUCAACGUGCGCGCGAUCACUCAGGACAAACAAGAUCUACGAAACAUGUACGAGUGUCCUGUCUACAAAACUCGGACUCGAGGACCCACUUACGUGUGGACAUUCAACCUGAAGACCAAGGAGAAGCCGGCCAAGUGGACUCUGGCUGGCGUUGCGUUGCUGCUUCAAACUUGA